AUGAGCAUUGUGAGAACAGUUCUCAAGUUCAUGAAAAUUUAUUAUUGAAUAAAUAUUUCUACUUGAUAAUAUAAAUUUAGUAUCAGCUGUCUGGUGUUUGACACUGGUUGGUGGAUUUAUAUUUCAUCAUAGUUUAGUUUAGCUAUUAAACAAGAUCCUCUUGUAAUUAUUUUGUUUCAUUACUACUUUAAGAAAUAAAUUAGAUAUCAAAAUGGCAAGUAAAAUAUUAGAUGAUGCUGUGAAGGAUAUACCUAAUCCAUUUCUUCAUAGAGUGAAUUUUUCUAAAUUUGAAAAAAUUAAGAUAUGGAUAAUGACAUUCACAAUAUUUCCCAUUCGUUUUAUCAUUAUGAUUAUUCUUCUAAUGACUGCAUGGCUUUUGACAUCAAUUGGUUUUAUUGGUUUAUCAGAAAAAGAAUUUCAAGAGAAACCUAUGUCUGGUUGGAGAAAAUUUUUUAAUCAUCUGCUGAAGAUUUCACCUCAUUAUGUUCCCAUUAUUGUCCUUGUUCAACAUAUAUACUUGAAUAUUUUUAUUGACAAGUAUACAUUUGCACAUUUGCUCCAUCAAGGGCAGUUGUGGGUAUUUGCUAUAUGUUUGGAAGUAAGAAUACAUUUGAUAGCAUCUUAAAUGCACUUUUUAAAAAACUUAUCACUAGUAGUAGAUUUAGAUAUUUAAUGUAACAAAUGUUCUUUAGAUUUAAUCUUAUUCCUUUUCUAGCAAUUAGUUUUUAUUUUCUAGUUAGUAUUUUGUUUUA